AUGGACGGCAUCCAGCUUCGUGAUGAGGCAGUCAGGGAUCGCAUUCGCGCUGCUGAGGAGUUCCUCGACCCGCAGGACCCUCGCGCGCGUAGCUACCAGGCAGAGAUCCUUCUUAUGCUCAAUCGCGGCCUACGACGACUCACAGUGAGCAUUGACGAGAUCCGAUCACACAGCAAGGAAAUCGCAGAUGGCCUCCUCAAUCAGCCUUUCGAAUACUCGCAAGCAUUCGACAGAGCGCUUUUCAAUAUUGUGCAGACUCUACGAAACCGUGCUACCCAGCCAGUAGAUGAGGAGCAGAUGUACUACUGCGCGUACAUUGGCAGCUUUGGAGAAUAUGCUUGCAACCCACGAACGCUGAGCUCGCACUACCUGAACCACAUGGUGAGCUUGGAGGGCAUUGUCACAAAAUGUUCUCUUGUGCGACCGAAGGUUGUCAAGAGUGUGCAUUGGAACGAGAAGAAGAGCACAUUUCACUUUAGAGAAUACCGCGAUCAGACCAUGACUGCGAACGGUGCUGCCAGCACAAGCGUGUACCCAACAGAAGACGGCGAAGGCAACCCACUGGUUACCGAAUACGGGUACUGCACGUACAGAGACCACCAGACUGUGUCGAUACAAGAGAUGCCCGAGAGAGCGCCUGCUGGACAGCUGCCAAGAGGUGUCGAUGUAAUCAUGGACGAUGAUAUGGUUGACCGUGUCAAGCCGGGAGACAGGAUUCAGCUGGUUGGAAUCUACAGAUCGCUGGGAAACAGAAAUGCAGGAGUGGGCAGCUCAACGUUUAAGACGCUCAUCUUGGCCAACAACGUAAUCCUGCUAUCAAGCAAGUCAGGAGGUGGAAUUGCGCAGGCCGCCAUCACGGACACAGACAUUCGAAACAUAAACAAGAUCUCAAAGCGGCGCAGAGUAUUCGAUCUGCUCUCACAAUCACUGGCACCAAGUAUCUACGGACACGACUACAUCAAGAAGGCGAUCCUGCUUAUGCUUCUUGGUGGUAUGGAGAAGAACUUGGACAACGGAACGCAUCUUCGUGGAGACAUCAACAUCCUGAUGGUUGGUGAUCCUUCUACAGCAAAGUCGCAACUCCUGCGAUUCGUGCUCAACACAGCUCCGCUGGCUAUUGCAACGACUGGUCGUGGUUCUUCUGGUGUCGGUCUAACUGCAGCUGUCACUUCUGACAAGGAGACUGGUGAGCGAAGACUGGAGGCCGGUGCCAUGGUCCUUGGUGAUCGUGGGGUUGUUUGUAUCGAUGAGUUCGACAAGAUGUCUGAUGUCGAUCGAGUCGCCAUCCACGAAGUCAUGGAACAGCAGACAGUCACAAUCGCCAAAGCGGGUAUACACACCUCCUUGAACGCACGUUGCUCGGUCAUUGCAGCAGCAAACCCCAUCUACGGCCAAUAUGACACGCACAAGGACCCACACAAGAACAUUGCCUUACCAGAUUCGCUACUCUCGCGUUUCGAUUUGCUCUUCGUGGUUACAGACGAUAUCGAGGAUGUGCGGGAUCGCCAAGUGUCCGAGCACGUUCUGCGAAUGCACAGAUACCGCCAGCCGGGCACAGAAGAGGGCGUUCCGGUCCGCGAGCAGCAAAGUCAGACUCUGGGCGUUGGUGUCGAAGAGGAAGGUGAUGCCAACAAGCCAAGUGAGGUGUACGAAAAGUUCAACACUAUGCUGCACGCUGGUGUGACAGUCACAGUCGGACGUGGAUCACAGCGUCGUGUGGAGGUGCUCAGCAUUCCGUUCAUCAAGAAAUACAUCCAGUACGCCAAGCAGCGCAUCAAGCCUAUCUUGACGAAAGGCGCAGCAGACCACAUUGUCGCUGCCUACAGUGCUCUGCGAAACGACGAGAUGGAAGGCAACCAGCGCAAAACGAGUCCAAUGACUGCACGUACACUUGAGACUUUGAUCCGUCUUGCGUCGGCACACGCCAAGUCGAGGCUGUCGCAGAGAGUAGAGGAGAAGGAUGCCGAAGUUGCUGAGGGUAUUCUUCGCUUUGCACUGUUCAAGGAAGUUGUUGAAGACGAGAAGCGGAGACGAAAGAGGGCCAGGAGAAGCCCAGAUCCAGAAGCCAUGGACACUAGCGACGAUGAUAGCAGUGACGAUGACAAUGGCGGUGAUGGGGCUUACAGAAGUAACACCGGACGCCGAACAACCAGAACGCCUGCCAGGAGUAUGAGGGGCGCGAAUCGAAGUGGUAAUGCUAAUGGUGGCGCCGAAGAGGAAGAGGAGGACCUCUACAACUCCACUCCAGUCCGACGAGGCACGCAACGUACCACACAGACUCACGGUGAAAACGGCUCCUCGCAAGCAAAUGGCAGUCAAGUCAGCAUGGCAUCGUCGAAACCUGCGUCACAACUCCUUGGAGAUGACUCGCAACAGCAGGAAUCGCAGGAGCAGGAGCAAGAGGAGGAGCAAGAAGAACCAGCGUCUGCGCCCAUCACCGCGCCAAGGUUGCAGGCUUUCCAGACUGCCUUGGGUCAACUUAUUGAUGGCCCACUCUUCGCGAAUGACGCUGCUGAUGUCGAGCCUCUCGUUGCAGCAGUAAAUGCCAGACUUCGACGAGGUGAGACACGUUUCGAGGAUGAUGAAGCGCUCAAGGCUCUUGAGGAGCUCACGGAGCGGAAUAAGGUCAUGUUGAGUGGCGGUAUUGUGUACAAGAUCUGA